AUGGCCCAGACUCACUCCAAUGGCCAUUCAAAUGCUCCACCAACGGCAGCCGAUCUCCUACAACGAUGCCAGACUCUGCUCUCCGAACUCGAGUCCUUCAAGGAAUACCUCAAAUCCCGCAAGCAAGACCACCAAGUCGAAAUCGCCCACUUCCGUAACACUGUCAAAUCUGAAUUGCGAACGCUACAACGACUUACCUCUGCCCAAGAAGCUUCAGCAGCCCAACCCUCCACCACCUCCAAACCCGCUGGCUCGGAUCCCGAAGACGAAGAUGGACAUGGACAAGAUGCAGAGGAAAAGCAACAAACGACUCAACACACUGUCAAUUCCUCCAAUCUCCCCUUUCUGGAAAACGUCUGGGGAGUGGUGAAAAACAACACUGGACUCCAAGCCAUGCAAAAGAGAUUCUACUGGCAAGAAAAAGGCAUGAAAAGAGGACAGAAGAAGCAAAACUCAGCGCUUGUAGAUGUAGUAGCUGGAGAUGGAUUGCAGUGGUUCAAGGUCAGUUUGUUGACAAACAACCGCUUGUUAUUCGACAAGGCAAAACUGGGCUGGGAGGAUGCGAGUAGUAGUGAAGACGAAGAGUCAGACGACCAAGCAGAGCCAAAGCAAGAGUUUGGAAGCAAGAAAGAUGAGGCGGACGAUAAUGAUGUGCCCUUGGUCAAAAUGACCAAAGAUCUAGUCAGAGCGGCAAGAGAAGUCAAGAUCAGAACCCGCAGCCCCAAAAUCACCUUGGUGCUCCCGAAACUCAGAGAGGGCGAAGUGGUCGAGAUCGACAGGAUACUAGAUCAACUGCGAUCUCUGGGAGUGCGUCUUCUCACCUCAUCCUCAGCCUACCCGCCCGCUUCUUUCAGCACCGUCAUGCCUCACCUCCUCACCGACCCCUUCGCAUCCUUCACCCCCACCCUAAACAUCGACUGCACAAUCCUUCUCGCCCUAGUCUCCGAUUUCAGCCACUGCAGCGUCACCACAGAACCCUGGUUCCACCGCGCCCUAAAACGCCAAGUCGAAAUCGAAGACGAGGAAAAUCUACUUCCCAGCCUGUUGUUUCCUGCCUUGGCAGAUAGAGAGUUGGUGUGUACGGAUGAGGCCGCGAGACGAAUGAGGGAGAUUGUGGAUACCAUUGGCACUGCUGGGGAAAAAGAACGCACCAAGCUCUUCAUGGGCGACACGGGCUUUUCUGCUGAAGCUUUACGUGGAGAGUUGGAGAAGCAAAGUCGCUUUUCCAUUCCCUCGUCUUUGCGCCUUCCCAUCCUCACACAGGUGCCAGAGGAGCAACCAACUACACUGCCACCAUCGGCGGAAGCGGUAAAGGCACAGUUGACCUCAAUCAACCAGAGUGUGUUCUUGCAUGGAUGGGCAAAGGGAGUCACGACUGUUACUAGCAAUCGAACGGUGGUGAAGCAGAUCGAGAAUAUUUUGGCCAAAGAGGCUAGUGAUGAGAAGGAGUGGCCGUUGAUCUGGCUGUGUCCCACCGCUAGGAGUUUAGUGGGUAAGGAGAAGGGAAGGAGGGAGUGA